AUGCCUCCCACCGAUGCAGACACCAUACGCAUUCUUGUCUCUACGGAUAAUCAUGUUGGGUACAAUGAACGCGACCCCGUUCGAGGAGAUGAUAGUUGGAAGAGUUUCCAUGAAGUGAUGUGCCUUGCCAAAGAGCGAGACGUCGACAUGGUACUCCUCGCAGGAGACUUAUUCCAUGAGAAUAAACCGUCUCGAAAGUCCAUGUACCAGGUAAUGCGGUCUCUGCGCAUGAACUGUCUUGGUGAUAAACCGUGCGAGCUGGAGAUGCUCAGUGAUGCCAGCGAGAAUUUCCAAGGAGCUUUCAACCAUGUGAAUUACGAAGACCUAGACAUAAACGUGGCCAUCCCUGUUUUCUCUAUACAUGGGAAUCAUGACGAUCCAUCUGGUGAAGGGCACUUGGCUGCACUUGAUUUACUACAGGUAUCCGGCUUGAUAAAUUACUAUGGCAGAACCCCUGAAUCUGAUAAUAUCCAGAUUAAGCCUGUUCUACUCCAAAAAGGGCAUACAAAGUUAGCUUUAUUCGGAAUGAGCAACGUGCGAGAUGAGAGGCUAUUCCGUACAUUUAGAGACGGCAAGGUGAAAUUCUUUCGUCCGUCGAUGCAACAGCAAGACUGGUUCAACCUUAUGAGUGUACACCAAAACCACCAUGCGCAUACUGAGACCGGCUACUUGCCGGAGUCGUUUUUACCGGACUUCCUCGAUUUAGUUAUCUGGGGCCACGAACAUGAAUGUUUGAUAAACCCUCGCCUAAACCCUGAGACAAAUUUCCACGUCAUACAGCCAGGCUCAUCAGUUGCAACGUCCCUUGUACCCGGUGAAGCAGUACCAAAGCACGUCACCAUACUAAGCGUAACCGGGCGUGAAUUUAAAUCGGAGCCUAUUCUCCUGAAAUCUGUUCGGCCAUUUGUGACAAGAGAAGUCAUUCUGAGUGAGGAAAAGGAGAUGCAAAAGGUUUCUAGAAAAGAGGAUACCCGUACUGAAACAACACGUUUUUUGAUGGGCAUCGUUGAAGAGAUGGUUGAAGAGGCUAGAAAAGAGUGGCUGGGACAACGAGAGGGCUCCUCUGAUGAUGGUGAUGAAGAGGCCGAAUUCCCUCUUCCACUAGUCCGACUUAAAGUCGAAACAUCCAAGCCUGGCGGAGGAAGUUUUGACUGCGAAAACCCACAGCGCUUCUCAAACAGGUUUGUUGGCAAAGUCGCCAAUGUGAAUGAUGUAGUUCAAUUUCACCGCAAGAAGAAAGGAACAGCUCUAACCCAUGGCAAAUCCGAUGCUCCGGAUGAAUCAGCGGUAUCACAUCUCGUGGCCCUUGACGCGUUCAAAGUAGAACAAUUAGUUCGCGAGUUUCUUACUGCGCAGUCACUAACUAUCCUACCCCAAAAUUCAUUCGGAGAUGCUGUUUCCCAGUUCGUUGACAAGGACGACAAGUACGCGAUGGAGAUGUUCGUCAACGACUCUCUAGAAAGCCAGAUAAAGCAUCUCAUGAAUCUAGACCGCGAUCAAGAUGGGCUGGAUCAAGAUGACGAUGAACGAGAGGGGAUUAUCCAGGCUGCGAUGGAUAAAUACCGUGAACAGCUAGAAGAGCUAUUUGCUAAGGGCAAAAGUAGACGGGCCGGCGGGAAGAAACGAUUUAAACCUAAACCUGAUGGUUGGGAUACCGAGUUUGACGGCAUAUGGGAGGAUCAGCCAGGAGCGCUUAUACACUCUGAUCAUGAGGAUGGCCGUAAGGAUGAAGAUGACGAAGAAGUCCCGGCAAGGACAACAGCUACCAGUAGGCGACGAGGUGCGUCAGCUGUGGCGUCUACAUCGAUCCGAGGGAAGGGUAGGGGUGCCAGUCGAGCCGCAGUGAAGACAACAACAGUUCGAGGGAAGGGAAAGACGGCCUCAGCACCCGCUAGGGGAUCUAGAAGCCAUGUUAUUGAGGAUGACGAGGAAGAUGACGAAGAAGAUUUCCUGCAAGCAAUCCCUGAUGACGAUGACGCCGUGAUGUUAGACAAUAGUCCUGAAAACGAUGAUGAUGAGGACCUGUUUGUUCGUCAACCUGCUCCAAAAACUCGAGGGAGGGCAGCGCCUCCUGCGUCAAGUCGAUCGAAAGCAGCAUCGUCAGCAAGUUCUACGAGGAAAACAGCCACACGUUCAGCCGCUGGCACCAAGAAAGUUCAGGGAACGUUGAAUUUUGGGCGAUCUCAACCUAGCCAGAGUCAAACCAUCGGGGGUACAAGUGGGAGCGGCUCGAGUAGUAGACCUACACGAGCUGCUGCAACAAGAGCAGCCCGUAGCGUCAGUGUGAUGAGUGAUGGGGUUGAGUAUGACGACGAUGAGGAUGCAUUCGAGCCGGCGCCCAUUGUUAGUAGCGGGAGAAGUAUGAGGAAGAGAUAA